UCCUGGCUAAAAUCUUGUUUUAAACAAUUUUUUCCUCCAACUUCUUCUUGUGUUCUUGGUGUUCUCUAACCAUCUGUACACUGGGGAGGCGGUGAUACACAGCAUAUGCUUCCUCCUUAUUUAAUGUCACCUUCAGUUCAGAAGCGAUAUGUUUCCUAAUUAAAAGACAACUUUACAAGAGAAGCGUACCUAACAAAACGUCUAGGUGACUUUUUGUUCAUUGAUUCCAAAGACACAAUCAGCCCCCGCUAUUUAGUGGAUACUAAGCUCUGGGGCUACAUGGAAGAACCACGCAGACACUCUUCCUGCCUUCAACAGCUUACAGUUAAGUUUUGGUAGCAAACAUUUGAAACAUAACGAAGCUUUUGGUUACUUAAAAGAAUUCUAUGGUGUUAGGGGGUAACACAAACCUGUUUUGUAAACCUGUAUCUUUAUACAGGGAAUAUGCUUAAUCUGCUACAGUAUACAGGAAUGCGGGAAUGUUUCUUCCUCUGGGCUGCCUUUCGUACCACCUGGCUGGAUGGAACACCUGUUCACUCCACUUUCCACUUGGGCUACAAACCUGAAAUGAAAUCUUUGCAACCAGUACAGCCUGCGCGGGGCGGGGCCCAGUCCUUCCCCCUUCGGAUGCGCAGAAGCAGAGGUCACCACGCUGGACCCCUCGAUUUCCUCGCGGGCGGUUCCCGGCUCCUUCACCACCCCAGCGCUUCAAGACCCCCGCCCUUUGGCCUGAGGCUCCCACUGCCCUAGCCAGUUCCCGGGCUCACUUCCAGCUUCUCCAGAAAGCUUGGCCACGCCCCUCGGCCCAGACUCUCAGGCCACUCGGCCGCAAUUAACCCUCGUCUCGCUGCCUUUUUAGGCCCCUCCCUCUCAGUCGUGCCCUUCCCAUGUCUUAGGCCCCGUCUCACCCUUUCGGAUGCCUCCCCUAGGACCCUACCACUUUCCACCCCUUUCCGUCUGUUAUUUGUCCCCAACUUGCGCCCGCACAAGCCCCUCUGGAACGCCCCUGCCGCGUGAGUGCCCCUCGUCCCCGCUCAGGAGAGGAAGAGCCUGCCUGCCGCGCAUUUCUGGCCUGGGGAGCGGGUGGAGUAAACCUGCGGGAACCAUUUUACGACAACGUGCGGCUGUGCGGCGUGGCUGACGGCAAAGCCGCGCUGCUGUUGGAGAGGUCACUCCGGAGACGGCGUUGGUGUUGGGGUGUGGGGGGUUGGUGGCACUAUGUGGCGCGUCUGUGCGCGACGGGCCCAGAAUGUAGCCCCAUGGGCGGGACUCGAGGCUCGGUGGACGGCCUUGCAGGAGGUACCCGGAACUCCACGAGUGUCCUCGCGAUUUGACCCGGCUCCGGCUCGUCGCAACAGCGCGACUACAGUGUAUGGAGGGGUCCGGGCACUGUGCGGCUGGACCCCCAGCUCUGGGGCCACGCCGCGGAACCGCCUACUGCUGCAGCUUUUGGGGUCGCCCGGCCGCCGCUGUUACAGUCUUCCCCCGCAUCAGAAGGUUCCAUUGCCUUCUCUUUCCCCCACAAUGCAGGCAGGCACCAUAGCCCGUUGGGAAAAAAAAGAGGGGGACAAAAUCAACGAAGGUGACCUAAUUGCAGAAGUUGAAACUGAUAAAGCCACUGUUGGAUUUGAGAGCCUGGAGGAGUGUUAUAUGGCAAAGAUACUUGUUGCUGAAGGUACCAGGGAUGUUCCCAUUGGAGCGAUCAUCUGUAUCACAGUUGGCAAGCCUGAAGAUAUUGAGGCUUUUAAAAAUUAUACAUUGGAUUCCUCGCCAGCACCUACCCCACAGGCGGCCCCAGCACCAACCCCUGCUGCCACUGCUUCGCCACCUAUACCUUCUGCUCAGGCUCCUGGUAGCUCAUAUCCCCCUCACAUGCAGGUACUUCUUCCUGCCCUCUCUCCCACCAUGACCAUGGGCACAGUUCAGAGAUGGGAAAAAAAAGUGGGUGAGAAGCUAAGUGAAGGAGAUUUACUGGCAGAGAUAGAGACUGACAAAGCCACUAUAGGUUUUGAAGUACAGGAAGAAGGUUAUCUGGCAAAAAUCCUGGUCCCUGAAGGCACAAGAGAUGUCCCUCUAGGAACCCCACUCUGUAUCAUUGUAGAAAAAGAGGCAGAUAUAUCAGCAUUUGCUGACUAUAGGCCAACUGAAGUAACAGAUUUAAAACCACAAGCACCACCACCUACCCCACCCCCGGUGGCCACUGUUCCUCCAACUCCUCAGCCUUUAGCUCCUACACCUUCAGCACCCUACCCUGCUACUCCUGCUGGACCAAAGGGAAGGGUGUUUGUUAGCCCUCUUGCAAAGAAGUUGGCAGUAGAGAAAGGGAUUGAUCUUACACAAGUAAAAGGGACAGGACCAGAUGGUAGAAUCACCAAGAAGGAUAUUGACUCUUUUGUGCCUAGUAAAGCUGCUCCUGCUCCAGCAGCUGUUGUGCCUCCCACAGGUCCUGGAAUGGCACCAGUUCCUACAGGUGUCUUCACAGAUAUCCCAAUUAGCAACAUUCGUCGGGUUAUUGCACAGCGAUUAAUGCAAUCAAAGCAAACCAUACCUCAUUAUUACCUUUCUAUAGAUGUAAAUAUGGGAGAAGUUUUGUUGGUACGGAAAGAACUUAAUAAGAUUUUAGAAGGGAGAAGCAAAAUUUCUGUCAAUGACUUCAUCAUAAAAGCUUCAGCUUUGGCAUGUUUAAAAGUUCCCGAAGCAAAUUCUUCUUGGAUGGACACAGUUAUAAGACAAAAUCAUGUUGUUGAUGUCAGUGUUGCAGUCAGUACUCCUGCAGGACUCAUCACACCUAUUGUGUUUAAUGCACAUAUAAAAGGACUGGAAACCAUUGCCAAUGAUGUUGUUUCUUUAGCAGCCAAAGCAAGAGAGGGUAAACUACAGCCACACGAAUUCCAGGGUGGCACUUUUACAAUCUCCAAUUUAGGAAUGUUUGGAAUUAAGAAUUUCUCUGCUAUUAUUAACCCACCUCAAGCAUGUAUUUUGGCAAUUGGUGCUUCAGAGGAUAAACUGGUUCCAGCAGAUAAUGAAAAAGGGUUUGAUGUGGCUAGCAUGAUGUCUGUUACACUCAGUUGUGAUCACCGGGUGGUGGAUGGAGCAGUUGGAGCCCAGUGGCUUGCUGAGUUUAGAAAGUACCUUGAAAAACCUGUCACCAUGUUGUUGUAACUAACUCAAGAAUUUCUAAACUCUCCCAGGUCACAGUGAUUCAUUCUUAUCAAGAUAUUUAUGUUAUUAAACAGGUGGUUCUUUUUAUUUUAACCAGUUAUUUUUAUUAUUGAGUCUGUCCAGAUAAGCUAUUUAUAAUGGGCAUUACUGAAUUUUUAAAAUGCCAAUUACACCCAAAUAUUGUGCACAUUUAAUAAUCCGACACCAGAUUUUUAGCUCUGUACUCCUAAUUAAGGGACAUGUGGCCUUGCCUAGCCCUCUGGUGAUAAGUACUUCCACAAGGAAAUGUAGAAUAGGUAGAACCUAAAGAAAAGGACAUAAAGGUAACCCGGAUGGAACCUUGAAAUUCUGAAAUUUAAUCACCUAAAAUGUUCUCCUUAGAUGUGAGAGAAGGAGAAAUCAGGAAAAUUAAUUCUCGUGGGGGAAGGGCUUGAAUUGAAGCUUUACUUUAGAAUUUAAUCCUGGUUUGAAAUUUUCCAUUACAUGAUCUUGGUUUACCAUCGAUGGGAAGGGUAGAAAACUUCAAGGAAAAUAAGUGAAAUUUUCAAAGUCAACAUUUUCUUAGACCUUUUCAGCUGAUUGUUUAUUUUUCUAUGAAUCCCUAUACAUGGUUGUUUCCCCUCCUCUUGAGAUAAUCUAAAUAUAAACCAGCUACUUGAUAUAAAUGA